AAAGGAAAUUGGAACGUAGUUCAGCACAAGGACAAGAACAGUGAACGGUGUGAACAGUUAAAGAUUGCUGUUUUGAGGGAGCAAACAAAGGAACAUAUUCACCGACAACAUUUACUAUGUGUGAGAUGAGGGCGAAAACUGUAGAGCAUAUCCAUCCUGGCUCCAAGCAUGCGCGGAGACAGAGCGUGGAGGAGGUUGUGGAGAGCAUGCCUUUGGGCCUGCUCGCUCAAAAGGGACGCGUAUUGUUGGAACCGGUUGAACCAUUCUUUAUUACUAGCGUCGAUGGCCCUGCCACUGCAUUGCUUGGCAAGAGCUCGUCGAGGAUUACUGGAAGGAUGCUGAGGUCUAUUGAUUCUUGCGUGGGAGGAAACAAGAGCCUCUGCGCGGCAGCUCGUACGGCACUGCAUGAGAACAAGAGAGUGUUUCUCACUCUCCCCCGCCCUGUUGGCAAUGGGAUCCUGAUCUUGGCCUUCCAAUCGAAGCCAACGACCACCGGAGUGGAUCGUAUCGAGCUGCUCAUCUUCCCCACCCAGGAAGGGCUCGAUUUGGAGAUCAAGGAUCCUCUCGUUGAGAGCAUGCGGGUUCCUAGCGCGCACACCGCACUGGAGGUCAAGAUCUCAUCCAACUCAGGAAGGGACAGUCCUGACAAGGACUUGGAGAUCUCCGAUGAGGAGAUGCAGGAUUCCCAGAGCGGAGACGAUGAGCUGUUCGACUACAACAUCGACGUCAAGACAACCCCAAGGCACAAGAUUGCUGAUUUUGAGGUUGAGAAUUUUGAUCUGAGCAACACCCUCAGUGCUCUUCGCUUGUAAACUGUAAACUAGUUUCUAUUCGUUCCAAUAAACUGAUUGGAUCACACUG